UAAGUUACAAGGCGCUCACCUAUAGGAGUCGGCACUAUAAGUAUGGGGAAGCACGGCUUGUUCUGGUGUGUCCUGUGUCCAGUGCUGGUUUUCUUAGACAUCACAAUUUGCGACUAUAAUCCAGACGAAUUGGAUCCAAGACUUUGCAAGAAAACUCUUCCAAAGAACUGCAUAGAUGGUACAGACGGAACGGUAGGAUAUUACUAUAACCAUGAUAACAACAGCUGUGACGAAGUCAAGUCCUGCGGCGUGAGCCCACCUUUCACUGCAAAGGAAACGUGCAACUGGGUAUGUGACGUGUCAUACAAAUGUUGCGACGCUCCGCCAGACCGAUGUCGUGGAGAUAACCCUGGAUUCCAGGGCUCAUACUUUGACCACGGCAGUCUCAAGUGCACGCCUAUCGAAAUCUGCCAAAAUAAAACCAUCAACGUGUUCUUCAACAUGACAGAGUGUCGGCGAGUAUGUCAGCAUGUGGAACGCUCCAACAGGGACCUGAAGAACUAGAAACCGAAAAACACAGGCAGAUAUAAGGCUCGAAACGUUCUGAGGAAGCGCAAGGAACCCAACCCUGGUGGCAAAUACUUUUGAAAGUGAG